AUGUCCACCCACGCCAACAUCGUCGGCGCAACAACAGCCGCGCAACUCGCCAGCACCACCGAGGCGCAAAGUUUCGACUUCAUAGAGAGCGACAACUUUACCUGGAUGGAGGGUUUCGACGGCGCGACGGAAGGCGAAGUGCAAGUCUUGGAAUCCCAACAGUCCGAGAAGUUGUACGUGUGCAAGCACACCUUCUCACACCCAACCAAAAACGUCAACGACAUGAAGGACGGUGACACAGCAACACACCGCUACCCCGUGGAAGCGCGCAUCUUACUCAAGCAUCUGAAGCCACACCCUUGCAUCAUCUCUCUCCUCGCUUGCACCGCCGACCCUGACGAGAGAGGCCGCUACAAGCUUUGGAUGCAGUACUGCAGCGGAGGAGACCUGAUCGGCCAAGCGUGGGCGAGCAAGAAUCGGCGCCUCGUGAUUCCGGAGCAGUUCGUUCUCCAGGUGGCAAUUCAGAUCAGCGAGGCGCUUGCUUACCUCCACCACGGCUUGCGACAUGUCGGCGAAGGAAAGUACACCCAGGAUGCUGGCCAUGAAGCCGUGAUUCACGGCGACGUGAAAGGUGAUAACAUCUUCUUGCGCUGGCAGAAGUCGGCAGAUCGAAUCGGUAAUAUGCCGGACGUGGUGCUGGGCGACUUUGGCGCUGCGAAGUUGGCUUCGGACAGAAAUAUUAUGACCGGUAUGGGCACUCCUGGUUACCACUCGCCGGAAGAUAGAGCGGUCUAUGGCAAUCGCGACUGGAACGAUCCCUCGAAUCGACAUGUCUUCAUUGAGAUGAUCAGCAGGCGAACCACUGGCGCGGAUAUCUAUGCAUUCGGCCAGGUGAUGUACCAGCUCGCGACGAAGGACGACAAGUGUUGGCCCAUCGGACAGGAUCCUGCUUCACUCGAGAUCAGCGCCGAGUACAGCACGCCAGGAUUGAGAAACUUCAUCGUAUCUUGUCUUGCGGUGGAUCCGAGAAGACGCGGAGAGGCUUCGUUUGCGCCGGGGACGGGGUUUUUGCCAGCAGUUCAGCGGCUGAGGGAUGCCAGGGCAGACUUGGUGCAGAGCAGGAGGGCACCGAGCAGGUUGGAGUGGGACAAGCCUCCGAAGCUUGGGACUUAG